CCACCAAUUUCGCGCCAUACAUGAGUUUGUUGUGCGUCCGUUCACAUUGAGCUGCUAAGAUGUCAACCAUCCUGGAUGUUCCGAGGCCUCGAAUCAACUUUUCUAUGCUGUCGCGGUAUAUUAGCAAACCCGUCUGUUUUGUCGGGCGUGUUGAGAAGGUACACCCAACUGGGAAAACGUUCACUGUCGCGGAUGGAGAGGGACAAUGUGUGUGUGUUGAAUUAAAUGACCCUCUUGAAAAUGAGCUGUCUGGAAUCGUGGAAGUCAUUGGAAUGGUGUCCAACAAAGGAGCUAUAAUGGCCACCACGUUCAGCAUGCUCCGAGAUGAGAAAGCCAGUGUGUUUGACCUGGAACUCUACAACGAAGCUGUAAAGGUCAUCCAUGAUUUCCCCCAGCACUACCCUUUUGAUGCAGCUGCAAGUGGAUGAGCUUUUAUUUAUUUUUUUCAUGAUUUUUAUUUUGUCUGGUUUUGUUAUGAAAGGAAAGAAAAUCGCCAAUAAUUAUGUAUGUCACGGGAAAUAUUGAAAAAGAAACCUUCAAAGAUGCAAUUUCGUCCUUAACAUCUGUACUGAAGCACAAAACUGGAACUUCCUCAUUUAAGCUUACCAAGUUUUCCUGGUCACAUUUUUCUGAGGACUUACUGUAUUUUCAGGCACACUUUGAAUACAUUAAAACACAAAAACAAUGUCGUGCUGGGGAGAUUUGAUCAACCCGUCGUCUUGGGGAAUGGUCCAUUUAUCCCCAACGCGCUACUUGCACCAAGUCCGUGUCGUCCAGUGGCACCAAUAUAAUGGAUAUUAUAUAAAACAGACCGUGGUGACGGAACAAUAUAUCCAGCAACUUGCAAAAGUGUUUCAAUGAGAGGAGAAUUAAUAAAAAAAAAAAAAAACUG